AUGUCUAAAGCUGCCAUGCCAACAUCCACAGAUACCCUACCUCAACUUCUAGAUGAAUUUGCUAAACUCAAAUCUAAGCGACUAGAUGCACUAAAACUUAACAAGGCAGAUGUGGCUCAGGAAACAAGAAAGCAAAAGCUCGCAUCAAUACAAUCAAAAUCAUCUCACAACUAUGAGGCUGAUCCGAGAAAAAGCUUGAGUGAAAGGAAAAGGGUCAUGGAAUAUACAAUAGCUGAGUGUGAGGCUUGGGAGGAGAGGCGGCAGAGAAGUUUGAACACCGGAAUUCAAGAUCAAGAUAAGUUGGCAGAAGCCUCAUAUUAUAAAGAGAUUAAUGGACUAAAAAUAGACAAAGAGGCAUACCUUAGGAGUAAGGAGAACGAUGCAAGAAUGGAAAAGGUGGAUAAUAAAGUGAAACAAGAGGUCAGUGCCAUGAUAAAGGAUUCCAAAGAUCGAAAGUUCAAUAAAAAGCGAGGUCGUACAGAUAAUAAUGAUGAUGCAGGUAACUACAUCAGUGAAAAGAACAGGCAGUUUAACUUGAAACUCAAUCGACAAUAUGAUUGA